AUGGAUCCUAAAUUGUGCAUUGCUGCUGAAUCCAACAACAUUGAUGUUCUGGUGCAAAACAAGGAAAAACUUGUGGAAUUGACUCCACACCACAAUACUGUUCUCCACAUUACAUCCCAACAGGGUCACACAGAAUGUGUAUCGAAGAUCCUAUCAAUGCAUCUAUCGCUAUUACAUUGUGUGAAUUCAAGUGGCAAGUCUGCACUUCAUCUUGCUGCAAGGAAUGGAAAGAAAGAUGUAGUCAUGGCACUCAUUCGAUUUGCAGCAUCAGAUGAUGGUGCAGGGCUUGAAAGUGGAGUUGAAGCAGCCAAGGAGAUGUUGUGA